ACGGAACAGUAAAACGACUAGUCAUCUCACAUUGUAAUUUUUGAAUUAAACUCUUAAUAGUUAAGUCUCUUAGUAGAAAAAUUGAGUAAAAUGUUUACUGCGGGACCUUUUUGGCAAAACGGCCCAGCACCGGGCAGUUUUUACGAUUUUCCUAACUUUGGAGUUCAAACGAAACCCACGGAUUUUAGACAACAUUCCCAAGCUCCAGUAACGACAGCAACAUCUCUAGUUGCUGUAGCUUAUGACAAGGGUGUUGUCAUGGGUGGAGACCUCUUAGCCUCCUAUGGAUCCCUAGCAAGAUACAGAAAUUGUCCCAGAAUUGUAAAAGUCAAUGACAAUAUUGUAUUGGGAGCCAGUGGAGAUUAUGCUGAUUUUCAGUAUGUCAAGGAUUUCAUUGAACAAAAAGUUAUCACAGAGGAAUGUAUUGAUGAUGGCAUGUCAUUAAAACCAAAAUCUUUGUACUGCUGGUUGACCAGGAUCCUGUACAAUAGAAGGAGUAAAAUGGACCCUCUCUGGAACAAUUUCAUUGUUGCUGGAGUUCAGGAUGGCGAACCUUUCUUAGGCACAGUAGAUAAGCAAGGCACAGCCUACACAGACAAAGUUAUCUGCACAGGUUAUGGGGCACAUAUUGCUACUCCUUUGCUGAGAGAUACUCUGGACAAAAAUCCACAGCUUAACUUAGCAGAUGCCAGAGCCUUGGUUCAAAAAUGUAUGGAAGUGCUUUACUAUAGGGAUGCCAGAAGUUUUCCAAAAUACCAAUUAGGAGUCAUUGACUUAGAGAAUGGAGUUCAGAUUGAGGGUCCUCUUGAGGUACCUGAGAACUGGGGGGUGGCACAUUCUAUCUCUGGAUAUUAAAUUUAUUUGAGUUUUAAUAUUUUUGUAAUAUUUAAGUUGGUAUUUUUAAAGAUAUGCUAAUAAAAUCUUUUUCGAGAA